AGAACGACGAGCGGAGUGAUAGGAAAAAAGUGAAGGUUGAAGAAAAAAUAGGUGGCAGAAAUUCGUUCCUAUUUUUCUACUAUUACGGUUUAUUUAGUGUACCGAAAAACAUAGGCCCAUCCUUGCGUGAUUUCGCACAGAAUGGUUUAUAGCAUUUUACAAAACGAUUUGCUUCUAUCCUGAUGGUGCACGAAACCGCGAACAAGAAAGUUGUUCUUCCGCAGCUUUCCGUGGAAGCUGCCAAAGUUAAAAGCUGGCAAUCCGAACGGAAUCGGAUUGAGUGAGUGUUUCGUCCACAAAUGAAGUGAAAAGGCUGCUAAAAUUCCAGUACCGAAGUAGUUAAUCAUCUGGAGUAUAAAUCAUCAAUAAAGAGCUGGAGGAUUUGUUUUUAAUUCGUGUUAGUUGAAGGCCAUCGGAAGAGAAAGUUAUCUUGGACCCAUAGUUAUUACUUGGGUCGUAACUGAAAAGAUGCGGACAUUGAAACGGGUUAGAAAGGUUUUUUGGAUUAAAUAUGUUGUUCUGUUAACUGCUUCGCUAUGGAGUUCCACUGCUGCGGAACAGAUUCCUUCAGUUCCUACGCACAACAUGGCCAACAAAGAACGAAACGAGCUAAAGGAGGAAGCCAAGGAAAUGUUCUAUCACGCCUACAGGGCCUACAUGGACAAAGCCUACCCUGCUGACGAACUGAUGCCGUUAAGCUGCACCGGAAGAUACCGCGGUAUAACACCGUCACGAGGAGACCUGGACGAUGUUCUGGGAAAUUUCUCAAUGACUUUGGUAGAUACGCUGGACACGCUUGUUAUUUUGGGAGACCUCGACGAGUUCGAACGAGCGGUGAAGCUGGUAAUAAAGGAUGUCAAAUUCGAUAACGAUAUCAUUGUAUCUGUGUUUGAAACUAACAUCAGAAUGGUUGGUGGUCUUCUAUCUGCCCACAUUCUGGCUGAAUACGUACAAAAACAGGCAGAUGUGAUGAUGUGGUAUCGUGGAGAGUUGCUCGAAAUGGCCAAAAAUUUGGGCUAUCGAUUACUGCCUGCUUUCAAUACGUCAACGGGAAUACCCCACGCGAGGGUAAAUCUCAAACACGGUAUAAAAGUGGAAGCUUUACGUCAUUCCAGAGAAACUUGCACGGCAUGUGCCGGAACCAUUUUGUUGGAGUUCGCUGCCCUCUCCAGGCUUAGUGGUGAACCAAUUUUCGAAAUCAAAGCUCACACUGCCAUGGAUGCCUUAUGGAAAAUGCGACAUCGAAGCUCCGAUCUUAUGGGAACGGUGCUGAACGUACACUCUGGCGAUUGGAUCCGACGGGAAUCGGGCGUGGGCGCAGGAAUUGAUUCCUAUUAUGAAUACUGCCUUAAAUCCUACAUACUACUGGGUGAUGAGCGUUAUUUGGCGCGAUUCAAUCGCCAUUACAAUGCCAUCAUGAAAUACAUCAGCCAGGGACCGAUGUUGUUAGAUGUGCAGAUGCAUCGACCACAUACCAAGACGCGGAAUUUUAUGGAUGCACUGUUAGCCUUCUGGCCUGGAUUGCAAGUGUUAUCCGGUGAUCUAAAGCCUGCUGUGCAGACCCACGAAAUGCUGUAUCAAGUAAUGCAAAUGCAUACCUUUAUUCCUGAAGCCUUCACGUACGAUUUUCAGGUGCACUGGGGUCAGCAUCACUUGAGACCGGAGUUCAUUGAAUCAACAUACUUCCUAUAUCGUGCGACCGGUGACCACUAUUAUCUACAGGUUGGAAAAAAGGCGUUAAAAGCUCUGCAGAAGCAUGCAAGAGUUCCUUGUGGAUACGCCGCAGUGAACGAUGUACGUACUGGUAAACACGAGGAUAGAAUGGAUUCGUAUGUGCUUUCAGAAACAUUCAAAUACUUGUAUUUGUUGUUCUCCGAUCCCUCGGAUUUACUGUUGAACAUUGAAAAUUUCAUCUUCACCACGGAAGCCCAUCUACUGCCACUUACUCUGGGACAACUAGGAAAUCAAACCUUCAGCAUCAAAGACCACGAAGAGGAUAAUAUACUGGACUUUAUGCGUUCAUGCCCUAGUCCAAACAAGUUAUUUCCUGAAACGGUUAGACGUCCCCUUAGAGACCUGGUUACAGGAGUAUGUCCGCGCAUAUCGAGUGCCAAAAGACUUAGAGCGUCUGACUUUCAGGCAAGCAAUGCAGAUCAUCUACGCACAGUUUAUGACAUGGGUAUUACGAUGGUUUCUUUAGGCGAAGGAAAAGUACAUUUGCUGCACAGUUUUUACAAUGCAAAAUCACCCGAAGAAGCCGAACGUGGCCUCAUCUUCAUGCAGGAAAUGGUUGAAUUAUCCAAAUCAAACACAAUUCCCAAAACACAACUGCAGGCUGUAUCAUUCCGAAGUUCCGAUGAUGAUCAACAAAUCUUAAAAGCAGGUCCAAGCCAUUUUGGACCGGAGUUAACCGGCGAUAUGGCGAUUACCCAGAGAGGUGUAUUUGUUAGUCCAUCCAAAGUUUGCACAAGUCUCAAAAACAGUCGGGAACUUAACGGUAAGAUUGCGAUAGUGGAGCGCGGAGAUUGCACGUUUGUCGAUAAAGCACGCCGGGUGCAAGCGGGAGGUGCGAUGGCGGCUAUCGUCUACGACAAUACGCCCAACACCUCGAUCGAUAACCAGCAAAUGUUUGCGAUGUCUGGUGACGGAACGGAUGACGUUAAGAUACCAGUAGUGUUUCUAUUCACUAAGGAAGCGGAAGUACUGAUUGCUGCCAUAAAAGGAGACCCAGAUCUUGAGAUUACUCUGCGGCCGUUGAUGGAUUCGGUAGAUGAUGUGUCUGCGGUCGAUUCAAACCAAUCUCUGGGGCAACCAACAACCAAGACUGAAUCAAUGCAGACCUUCAACAGUGGAUCGAGAACGACGCCAUAAUAGUGAAGUUGGCAGCUAUUAACCGGAGCGAACUUGUUUAUAAUCAAUUUGGGCAUACUUUAUUCAAAACGGUCGCAAAGACAACGUGUGAAAUCAAGAGUUUGUGUGAGAUGCGCUGUUCGGAGUUCAAAGUGAAAGUUGAAUUUCUUUUCAAAGUGAUACAUUUGUUGAUACAGUAAAAGUGCGAGAUGUGAUGCAAGUUGUUCAGAGGUGAUAGUGCUUAGUUAAAGGUAGUGUAUUAUAUUUUUACCAUAAAUAAGCAUAGGUAAUGUAUGGUAGAACAGAAAACGGCAAUCGAUUUGUUACUCAUAGAAGCUAAACCACUGCGAAGGGAUUAUACGGAGGAACAUAUCAGUUAGUUGGCGGAUUUGCCGUUUUCAGACAAAACAACUAUGUAAAAACUAUGCCGGACAAAGGUGGCGAUGAAUGUAUAAAAACUAAAUGUAAAUAGUCUUUUUGAGCAUACGAAAAUAGAAUAAGACCAGAAUGAAUUAGCUGCUGAAGUACUACAAUUCCAAAUAAUUGUUGCAGUUUUUUACUCAACUAAGAAAAUCGAUUCCAUGGUCAGCAGAUAGCGAUAAAUGUGUAAAUAAACGAAGGCAUUGAUCAGAUUGCUAUUUUCAAGAAGUUUCCUUCAGCAUCGAUAGCAAUCACUAGUUAGUUACAAUCAAGAUGCAAUAUUAAAAUGAAUUUAAGUUAAAAAUAGCGAAAAUAGUUAUGAAUAAACGAUUUAAUUGCCUAUUAGAAGUAAGCGAUUUCUUAUAACACUGUUCUACUUUUGUAAAUAAAAUGAAAAUGUUUUACGAAAA